AUGAGCAUAGCUGCAGGUCUGAUACCAGUGACGCAAAAAGCGUCUAAUGUAUGCGCAUACUGCCGAGUCAGGAAACAGAGGUGUGACCGCACCCUGCCACGUUGCCAAAGAUGUUCUGUAAAAGAAAGGCACUGCGACUACACGCCAUUCAAGGAGCCUAUUCGCCAGCAAGACGACCAUGUCACGCCAUUGGUCCAGCACUUUGAUACCUGUCUCCAUGCAGAUCUGACACUCCGCGGCGCCGAUGAGCUGCUCCAUGCAGCUACGACAUGGAUCACAUCUGGCGGUACACCCGGUGCGGCAGCCAAGCUCUCCGAAGUCGUAUACGAAAUGCUCGACCUAGCCGACGUAGACCUGGCACUAGCACUAGACGAGUUCGGUACCUGCAUACAGCAGUGGUGUCCCGUUUUUCCCACGUCCUAUCUCUACGGGGAGACGGAAGAUCUGUCGCAACAAUCGCAGCACAAAGACAGACUACGCCAUCCCUUACUCUUACUAUGUCUCUGGCUCGUCACCCGCCGGACCUGCAUACAACAGGCUCACACCACUCAACCCCAGCUCUACCUAGCCCUCAAGCAAGUCCUCGCCCUCCUUCACUCAAGCGACCAAAUUAGCCUCCAAAUCCUACAAAUAUCCCUCCUACUAGCAAUCUACGAAACAGGCCAUGGCCAAUCCCACGCCGCAUAUCUCACCCUCUCAACCGGCAUCUCCCUCUUCAACCUCCUCUCCCCCACCCCAAUCCCAGACUGGCUCACCUCCAGCAUCCUCUUCCUCUCCGCAACCCUCUCCACAACCCACCUUACCCCCGGUUUUCCUCUUGGCCUCUCUCCCUUGGACCCCCUAGUCAUCUCCCUCGCUUCCUCCCUCCCAGCCACCAUCCCCGCACCCCCACCCACCCCGGACGCCACCAGCCCACGCAAAACGCACAUCCGCAGCGCCACAGCCGUAGCAGCGAGUCAUAUCCUGUCCUACACCCACGCGCUGACGCAUCAUCUACCACUACCAUCCAACUACGCAUCCGCCGAUGAGAAAAUAAACACCCUCAUCACCCUCCUAAUUGAUAAACCUCAACCGCACACCUGGCUCCACUGCGACGCUAUCGCGCUGGCAUUCUGCUCGCAUCUCAUCUUGCAGCUCACGCAAAUACAGUACUCGAGGCUCCAGGGAGAAGAGGGUGAGAAGAUUAAAGUUGCGCUGAGGGUCUCGAGGCGUAUGGCGUGGGACAUGGUGCAGGUCGGCAUACGCGUUAUCGCGUGUGAAGAGGAGAUUGCGAGAUUACCUUUUGCGGGGCUGGGGUGUGUGAUUAGGGCUGGGGUUGCGGUGCUGGAGACAUGGGGGUGGGUGGAUGAUGAGGAUGGGGUGGUUGGACAGGAGGAAGCGAUGGCGUUUCGGAGGUUGGUGGAGUGGGUUGCAGGACGGUGGGGGGUUGCAAGGGGGUAUUUGGGGAGGGUGGAUGAGGUUCUGGGGAGGAGGGGAAUGUAG